GCCAUGAUAUGUACUAGACCUGAUGUCUCAUUCGCUUUAAGCGUGACCAGCAGAUACCAGGGAAGUCCAGGAGAAGCACACUGGACAGCGGUCAAGAACAUCCUCAAGUAUCUUCGCAAUACUAAGGAUGCAUUCCUGGUAUACGGUGGUGAGGAAGAGCUAAAGGUGGUCGGUUACACUGAUGCUAGCUUCCAAACCGACAGAGACGAUUCAAAAUCACAAGCAGGAUAUUUGUUUUGCCUGAAUGGCGGAACUUUUAGCUGGAAGAGCUUUAAGGAGGAUACAACCGCCGAUUCGACUACAGAGUCUGAGUACAUAGCUGCCGUCGAGGCUCAUACUCAUGAUGAACAAGUCGAAGAUGAUAUUCAUGACAUCCACAAUUUUGAGGUUGAAAUGGAAGAUGAGUUAGGGGCUACUCAAGAUGUUCCUCUUGAUCAAGGCGUCAUUGAUGAAGAGCGUAAUAUGUAUGAGAACUUAGUAGGAAGCUCAAAACGCCCGUUGUAUCCUGGUUGUACAAAGUUUACACGUUUGAAAGGGUUUGGAAUUGUUUAAUUUAAAAGUAGCAAAUGGGUUGAGUGACAAAAGUUUCACGUCUUUACUAAGUUUGUUGGGUGAACUUCUUUCAGAUGGACACGAAUUGCCAUCAUCCACUUAUGAGACGAAGAAAUAGAUGUCUCUAAU